CCAGUGGAUGUGGCCUGGGGAGCCACGCCCAUGGAUGGCCCAGCGGCCCCCACCCCUGCGUCACCAGGGUCCCGGCUCAUCCUGGGAUGGGGCCGCUGGCGCCUGGAGGCUGUCUUGGUCUCAUCUGGCCAGACCCAGCUCUGAUUACCCCGCCCCUGGGUCAGAAGGUCAGACGCAGGGUCGCAGAGAAAGCCAUCCAGGGCUUGGGAGCAGACCCCUGCAGCAGUCCAGGGCUUGGGAGGGCCCUUUGUCCCCCUGCCGGCAUGUGAUCUCCGAGGAGAGCCUGGCCGGCCGCCCCUCCCCCCUCUGGGCCCGGGGCUUCCCUGGGGCUGUGGGCCCCACAUGUGGGCACCGCCUCCACCCUGGCUGGAGAGUAUGGGGAAAGCAAAGUCCUGUCGCCCCCACCCCGGACCUGUGGGCAAGUGGUGACCCUUCUGAAAGUGUCCUGGAGAGGUUUGGACUCUUGGAGACCAGGACACCCCCGCUCCCCCCCCCCCCCCAGACUAAAGGCUGAACGUGGAGUGCCUGCACCUCACCUGUCCCGCCCAGGGGACCAGGCUGUGGCCGGUUGGGGGUGGGGCAGGGAGGAAGGCGGAGCCCUGCCCCCUCCUCCCCCAGCAGAGGGAGGGUCUUCAGGGGGACUUUGAUCUCAGCAGCCCAGGGUGUGCAGGGAGGGGCUCGGGUUACAGCACCCCCUCCCCCCUCUGGCCAGAGCCUGCCCUUCCCCGCCCCUGUGCUCCUGGGCCCCCGGCCCCUCCCCACCCCGUGCCCUGUGCUAACCAGGGCCUGGGAACCGCUCACUGACCAGCAGGAGCAGGGGCCUGCGCUGCACGGACGCGGUGUGUGAGAGCGUGGGCUGGGCCCUGGGGGGCAGCGGUGGCCGCCACGGCCCAGAGGGUGGAUGCCUGCAGGCAGCCAAGCUCCGCAGGCCCCAACGAGGGGCUGGUGGGCCCCCGCCCCAGGUCCCGAUGCCCGCCCCACGGCACCUCCUGCCUUUGCUCCUGGUUGUGGGACUGACCGCGGGGGCCAGCCUGCUUCCGGGGCCCGGGAGCCGCCCAGGCGUUUGCCCCAACCAGCUCAGCCCCCACCUGUGGGUGGACGCCCAGAGCACCUGCGAGAGGGAGUGCGUCCAGGAUGAGGACUGUGCGGCCGGGGAGAAGUGCUGCACCAACGUGUGCGGGCUGCGCAGCUGCGUGGCCGCCCGCUUCCCGCGCGGCGGCCCCGCCGCCCCAGCAGCGGCCUCCUGCGAGGGCUUUGCCUGCCCCCAGCAGGGCUCUGACUGCGACAUCUGGGACGGGCAGCCCGUGUGCCGCUGCCGCGACCGCUGCGAGAAGGAGCCCAGCUUCACCUGCGCCUCGGACGGCCUCACCUACUACAACCGCUGCUACAUGGACGCCGAGGCCUGCCUGCGGGGCCUGCCCCUGCGCGUCGUGCCCUGCAAGCAGGUGCUCCGCUGGCCGCCCGGCAGCCCGGGGCUGCCUGAGCCCACCGCCCACCCCACGCCCAGCGCCGCCCCCGUGCCGCCGGCCCUGUACAGCACCCCCUCCCCGCAGGCGGUGCAGGUUGGGGGCACCGCCAGCCUGCACUGCGACGUCAGCGGCCGCCCGCCGCCGGCCGUGACCUGGGAGAAGCAGAGCCACCAGCGGGAGAACCUCAUCAUGCGGCCGGACCAGAUGUACGGCAACGUGGUGGUCACCAGCCUGGGGCAGCUGGUGCUGUACAACGCGCGGCCCGAGGACGCGGGGCUGUACACCUGCACCGCGCGCAACGCCGCCGGCCUGCUGCGGGCCGACUUCCCGCUCUCCGUGGUCCAGCGGGAGGCGGCCAGCGACGGGGGCCCCGGCGCCCAGGCCCCGGCCGAGUGCCUGCCCGCCGCGCAGGCCUGCGCCGGCCCCGCCCCCGCCUCCCCGCGCCGCGGCCUCUGGCACUUCGACCCCCAGCGCGGCAGCUGCAUGACGUUCCCGGCCCCGCGCUGCGCCGGCACCGCCCCCGGCUUCGAGACCUACGAGGCGUGCCAGCAGGCCUGCGCCCGCGGCCCGGGGGACGCCUGCGUGCUGCCCGCCGUGCAGGGCCCGUGCCAGGGCCGGGAGCCGCGCUGGGCCUACAGCCCCCUGCUGCAGCUCUGCCACCCUUUCCUGUACGGCGGCUGCGAGGGCAACGGCAACAACUUCGAGAGCCGGGCGAGCUGCGAGGACGCCUGCCCCGGGCCCCGGGCCCCGGCCUGCCGGGCCUGCCGCCCGCGGGCCAAGCUGGUGCCCAGCCUGUGCCGCAGCGACUUCGCCAUCGUGGGCCGGCUCACCGAGGUGCUGGAGGAGCCGGAGGCGGGCGGCGGCCUGGCCCGCGUGGCCCUGCACGACGUGCUCAAGGACGACAAGAUGGGCCUCACGCUCCUGGGCACCAGGUACCUGGAGGUGACGCUGCGAGGCAUGGACUGGGCCUGUCCCUGCCCCAACGUGACGGCCGGCGACGGGCCGCUCCUCAUCAUGGGCGAGGUGCGGGAGGGCGUGGCCGUGCUGGACGCCGGCGGCUACAUCCGCGCGGCCAGCGAGCGGCGCGUCCGCAAGAUCUGGGAGCUGCUGGAGAAGGGGGCGUGCGCGCUGCUCGGCCGCUUCCAGGACUAAGCCCCCCCAAUAAAGGC